CUCACAGUCAGUCAGUCAUCAUGGAAGACGAUGCACCUGUAAUCUACGGGCUUGAGUUCCAGGCGAGGGCGCUAGCUCCUCAGGUAGCCGAGUCUGAGGUGAUCCGCUUCCUCGUUGGGACUCAGUCACUCAAAAAUGAGAAUCAGGUUCAUCUUCUUGACUUUGAUGAUGAUAAUAAUAUCUUGAAUAAGACGGUGUUCCUCCACAAAGACGGAGAGAUUUGGCACAUCAGCUCAAACCCAGCGAAUAAAAACAUCCUGACGACAUGCUUCAAUAAAAUUGUCAACAGUAAGAUUGAGACUCAAGCUGCUCUGUGGCGUAUUCCUUCGGACUCUGACCCUUCAGACAAGGACCCUGCAAUCCAAGAUGAUUCCAGCUCUUAUGCAAGAUCGCUGGAGGUUCUCUGUCGGUUUGACAACCGGGACAUGGGUAACAUGAUCAGUAUUCUAUGGGAGCCGCAGGGUGAUGGGACGAAGGCUGUAUCCAUCUCAGACAGCCAUCUUGCUCAGUGGGACAUAGAAUCUAGCGACAGUGAGGCAAAGGUGUCGUCCUCCGUUGCCCUCGAGAGCAGAGGUCACCCCAAGUUCUCAGCGGGUCGCUGGAACCCUCAUCAUAACAACACACAGGUGGCCACAGCAAAUGACUCAACAAUCAGAGGAUGGGACUUAAGAACAAUGAAGCAAUGCUACACUAUAGAGAACGCCCACGGUCAGUUGGUACGUGAUUUAGACUUUAACCCCAACAAGCAGUACUAUCUGGCGAGCUGCGGUGACGACUGCAAGGUGAAGUUUUGGGAUGUACGGAACACGGAGUCGGCUGUCCUUACGCUAACAGAUCAUUCCCAUUGGGUGUGGAGUGUGCGAUACAACCAGUUCCAUGACCAGCUUGUACUGACCUCCAGCAGUGACAGUCGAGUCAUCUUGACCAAUGCAUCAUCAAUCUCCUCCGAGCCAUUCGGCCAUCUUGAUGAUGAAGAGGAUGACAGUGAUAAAGAGGAAGAGACAGAGAUCAAACCCAAAGAGCCGGUCAAAGAUGGUCUGAUCGCCACCUAUGAGGAACACGAAGACAGCGUCUACGCAGCGGAGUGGUCGACAGUAGACCCCUGGCUCUUUGCCUCCCUGAGCUACGAUGGCAGACUCGUCAUUAAUAGGGUCCCAAAAGCCGAAAAGUACAAGAUAUUAUUAUGAGUUGGGAAAUAUUGAAGCACGAUACCUAGGCCCGGGUAGACUGUGCAAGUCUCGUGGGUAUUUGAACAUUGGGCCCUGUUAAAGGAUUUGGGUACUUUUUGUGCAGCACAAAACACAAACUUCCACAAGUUUACAUGAAACUUACAAGGA